UCGCAGAGGUCAUGGGUUCGAGUCCCAUUCAAGUCUGAAUUUUUUUUAUCAGGCUUUAAUUUUACAACUGCUGCAGAGGUACACAAAUCAAUGGAGGGUUUAUAUCUGGGGGUCAGAUGCUUAUAACCAGAAUAAUUUUUUUUUUGUUCAUAUAGAGAAGGACCUAUUACCGGGAGGAGGGCAUAUAACCGAAAUUUUACGCGAUAGCAGUUUGUUCUCGUUUUCCCGAAUGAUUGCAGUUUUUGCUUUUGGGUUAAGUUUUACAACAGCUGCAGAAGAACAGUGCUUGCCGCAAACUCGUCGAACGUGAAGAAGAUGUUAGACAACUUUCUUGCUGAUAAUGUCACAGGCAGGUCAAUUUUCCUAACCGUGCUUUUUGCUGCGAAAGUUGUAAUACUGUUCAAUCUUAUUUAAUGGUGCGUCAAGCUUUAUGCGUCAUAUGUUAUUUUGAACACAAAUAUAAGACAUAUAGGUUAAAAUUGAAUCUCUCAAGAACUCAACUGACACUGCAAUGGACUUCACAGCAUGCACUUAAGGAUACAUUGUCAUUGUCAUGAGGCUUUGACAAAUUUGCCGAAUUACAUAAUCGUGACACAUUCACGUAUUUGCGCAAAGAAAAGCAAUUAUGACGCACACUGAGUACUUUUCCGAGCUUAAUCUGUAAAAUCCCUUGCGUGUUAAACAAGGAGCUCUUUCGAUUGUUGCAAGUGCUUGAGUGUUCUUCUACGCAAGCGGACAGGAAUUUUCCUUUUGCUUAGGUUUUACGAUAGUUGUUUAAAAACCGCGAUCGAUCUAUAAAUAAAUUUAAAGGAGCCGCGUUGUGGUUUAAUUUCCCAAUCUUGACAAAUCUUCCCUGCAGAGCUUUCCACGGUUGACCAUUCCAGCGCAGCCCGUCUUGAUCUUCGCUAGCCUUACUCAUCAUAGUUCAUUUUCGGUUUCCUGUAACAUCUUUGGGUGUUUCUUCCAUUUGGAGUUUUUCGUUGAGAAAUUCUGUUCAUCAGUUAAAAAAGAGUACUCUAUUUCAACAGGAUGACAUAACUCUAAGCUUUUUAAUCAUGUAUACGAAUGUAGUAAAGUACAUCCGGAAAAACGGUACUUAGUGAUCAGCCAUCGAUACAACAUUAACUGACAACAAUAACGUAACAAUGCAGUCAGAUAUUUCCAACGACUAGCGGCGUGAGUGCUUGUUUUCGCCAUCCUUAACGGGGUCGUUUAGGAAACCUUUCGCUUGUAUAACCGUAAGUUAGGAGUGUCAAAAGUCUAUUCUAAAAAUGUAGCUAUCUUGUUUUGAUCCUGAUGCAACUAUGGCAGCCGAUGUGGUAAUCGUAGCUCUUAGAAGAUGAAAGUUACUUCUUGUGGUUAUGUUAGUAAAAAUUUCGUUAUAAAUAGCUUCUUUUUACGUCACUUAGUUAAUCUAUAUUCAUAAGGUUGUUUUCUUUCUUAAAAUGAACAAAACGCACCGUGCGUGAUUGUAAAUUUUUUUUUUAAAAAAAGGCUCAUAAUUACGUCAUUUGAUCCAUAUAUAUUCAUUAGUUGGUGAAGGUUUUUUACUUUUUGCCUUUUGUCAGUUGAACAAGAUACCAUCAGUGCAUGCCUACCGCUUCGAAAUUCCAAGGCCAACAAACAUUGCAAGGCAAACGCAGGUAAAAAAAAGUUAAUAGACCACUCAGUCCACAAUGUUGUCCGACUUAAGUCUGCGAAAUUCAGCUAAAAGCCAAACUAAGCCAUUGCGAGGACUCGAGAGAUUAUGAAAUUGGAAUGAGCAGUACUGCCACUGAUGUAGCGCACUUUGCUCAGCAAUACAAGUCUGGCUGUUUUUUGUUUUUUUUUUCCAAACGAAAGCCGACUACGCAACAUAACCUUUAUGUGGAAUUGUUUGUUUUUCAAUACUGGUCAACACGAAAUUCAAGUAAUUAAUUUGUAUUUUGCUUCUGAAAGAGUUUUCAGGGCCACCCUUUUCUAAUAGCGUGUAAAACUGAGAAAAGGAUUCAUGUAUAAAGUCGUAUCGUAACUGCAAAACGUGAAAGUAUUUUGAAGUCCUUUUUCUUGAACAAAAUAAACACAAGGGAGGUCAGGUACUCCGGAAACGAGUCGGGCUUCUCUUCACAUGAAUGAGAACAGGGCGGCGCGCAGCUAUCGAUCGACGAUAAAGCAGAUAUUCAAACAAUAACAUCUCCGGUGAAAGAGGCCAUUUACAUUACAGGGCGUUUUGGAUAUCAAAUUCAUGUUUGACUUCUUUCAAAGACUGUAAAAAUCAAGAUUUGCAAAGGAGUCAGAUCAGAUACCUCUGCCAUGCCCCUGGCUGAAUUCAGCCCAGGGAAUGUAACAAUCUUAUUGCCCAUAUAGAACACAUCUAUUCACUUUAAUAGGUAAGGUGUAAAGUGCUUUCCGGGGUUAAUUAGCGCUAAGACACUUCGUUGGUGUUAAGUGAUUAAUUUAGCCCAUUACGACCGAAUUGAGGUGUGGUAGUAGAUAAAAUCUUUUUUCUAUUAUUUAAGGGCAAAGGGCGGUCUGACCUUCUCAGAAGUUUAAAAUCAUUAGCUUAUAAUAUGGUAGCGGUUUUUGCGUUUCUUCUCCUAGAGCAAAACGACUCCUUAAAACCAAAUACCGCCAAUGUGAAUGUGAAUAUGUGCUAGUCUUUUUGUGUACUUAACAAACACCACAGCAAUAAAAAAGGUUCUUUGAUCAACUAAGAUGGCUUAAUUUUCUCAAUUCUUCCACAAGUCAUUAGCGAACAACGGAGUUCUAUUGAGCAGGGAUAAGCUUUGAAUGAACACCAAGCGAGAAAGCCCCGUGAAAAUGCGCCCUAAAUUGCCCGCAUUCAAUCAGUGCAUUUAUUAGUCUAUUUCCGGUGUUUAUCGAGCUGUUAAUUAUUUACACAAACAAAAGAUUGUACAGCAUGUCAGUUUGCGAAUCGCGCUCCUUGAGAUAUCACUAAUUGAGUGAUGGGGCCGUGUCAAGUUGAUUAUCCAAUCAAGGCUCUGCAUGUUGUGUAGGUUUGCGAGUCAACGUCUCCCAUUCACUUGUUAUUAGGUCUGGCGUAAAGUGGUCAGUAAGAUGCGGGUUUCACUGCUACAAGGAUUCAUCGUGCUUUGUAUCGCCCUUCAUUCGUUGGAUAUUUCACUUGCAUCCAAGCGACAAGGGCAAAAUAAAGAAGCGAGACUGACGCUGAAACCCGUCCACGGUGGCCAGCUUACGUUGUCCUCGGGCAGGAUUAAACUCGGGGAAGUGUAUUUGUCAGGAAUUAAUGGUCUACGCGGAGAAAGGGGAGAAAAAGGGCCCAGAGGUGAUAAAGGCGACCAAGGAGAAAAGGGUGAGAAAGGAGACAGCUGUUCGGACAGUUGCUGGAAAACUGCGGCAUCAAUUCUCCGCCAAACUACAUCCGAAUCUUGCAAUGCUCGACUUGAAGGCGAACUGAGAUACGACAAAACAUCUGGCAAGCUCAGCGUCUGCAGCAGGAAGCAGUGGAGAGAACUGCAAACUGUCCCACGGGGAGAGAUUAACAACUCACCGCCAAGAAAGUCCUGCCUUGAAAUAUUGUUCAAAGGAGAAAGUCAGGGCAAUGGCAUGUAUUGGAUUAAUCCAGCGGUCACCGACCCUGAAAGGAAUGCAUUUCGCGCCUACUGCGACAUGACAACAUCAGGGGGAGGCUGGACUCUUGUUGCCAAGGUAACGCAUGACUACAGCUGGGUGUGUCCUGACAGAGAUGGGGGCAUGUGCCUAGGAUCCAAGACCAACCCCCUGACAGCAAACCUUUUCCAUGAUAUCCACCAACGGGACAGCGUGGACAUGUCCAUCAAGAGCAACGCAGACGCCGGAAUCCAUUUGAAUGACACAAUCAUUCGAUUGCUCUUCGUAUCUGGUCGACAGUCUGUUCGGUUCACCUUCGUGGGCUCGGGAAACGGUUGGACGCCAACGGAGGACGCGUACGCGGCAUUUAACCCGAGCAAAAAGAACUCGAUGUUCGUAGAUCACGAGUGGGGUCAGUACACCCUUGAGAACGUGGACUACACGUGGAAUAUCAUCCAACACACCCGCAAGGACAAGACGUUCACUGGCAAGAUCAUCUGCUGGGGAAACAAGGUGAAGCAUUCGUAUCGCUUCUACGACCACGGCCUCCAUGUUGGGUCCCCUGCUUCGGCACACAAGCCGUGCUUACUCGACAAUAAUCAACACGAGGUCAUGCUGAAAAGCCACUACGCCACCUUGCAAGGCUCCCCUCUCAAGGCACGCUGGGAUAUGGCUCAGUUUGGUUUCCUUGGAGCUCAGUAUGUGCUGGUGCCGAACAAACGCAUUGCAAUAUGGGUACGAUGAAUGACCCUGCUGACCGAGACUAGCAGAAGGAUGCUUCUUGUCGUUGCAUUUGUUCAAGUUUCUCGUUGAAUGACAAAUCUUAUUAUCAUAACUCCAAACCUUUCAAGACCUAAAUGCUCGCUCAGGUUGAAAGACUGUUUUAACGUUGAUAGAAAAAUGCAUAGUGCAUGGCGUACCCUAGAACGACGCGAACAAACCAUAACCAACCCUUGUAUAUUUUUACCGAUGUCGGCAUACAAGUUCAUUUUACUGCUCUUAAAGCAUUUGAAAAAGUACAGACUGUAAGAAUUUGAUUAUGCACGUGUCCCACUCGUGAUGAGUUAGUUCUCGUGUGGGUUAAUAAGCUUAAAAUGCCGGACUAAAUGCUCAGAGCUGAUGUCAAGUAUCAGUAAAAGGAAGCGUUAUUGUAGAAAAAUAUUUAACCCUUUAAGCCAGUCAGACACGAAGCACAGACAGUAUUAAAGAAUAAAUACCUUCUAAGAACAUUUAAUGCUCUCUUCUUUUUGUUACUGAAACAUUUUUGCCGUUUAGAGCUUCAAAUGACACAUAAAUAAAGUAUCUUCUUCUUCUUC